GAUCCGGAGCUGAUCAGAGUUGAUUCGGAAAUAGCAGAAAAUAGCCUUAAUAAGAUAUAGAUAAGGCAUACUAAUUUUUCUCACGAGGAUACAGUUUUCAUUUGGUUUCUUUGUGAUCCUAUUGUCACAAAUGUUGAGUAACAUCGUCAGAAACAGUCUCUUACCUCGUAGUAAGAGUAUACUGCUUAAAAGAUACAAUGCACGGCAGUUGUCAUAUAAUAGCAGAAGUAGAUGGGACGAAGUAGCUUAUAGGAAUCAAAGCAAAACUUUGGAAAACGAAGAUGACUUGGAUAAGCCUAUAAAAUAUUCCACCUCAAAAGCUUCUACUAUGAGAAUUGAAGAGUAUCGCGAUCCAGAUGGAGACAAUGUACCAUGGUAUCAGCCAUAUAUUGUACAUAUGAGCUUAGUUAGCUUCCUAAUUUAUUUCUGUAUCUUGAGAGAGGAGAAUGAUAUUGAUGAAUUAUUGUAUACUGACUUGUAUACAACAUUAGAUAGAGUGAAAAAGGAAGAAGAAAAGCAAACUUAAGUAGGACAUUUAAUUAUUUAAAA